UCCCACUGACCCCAACCUCGUUACUGCCGCCCCCUCUUUCACCCUUUCUCUUUGUAGUUCCCAACUGUCAUCAACCUUGUUACUCUCGCCCUCUGACACGGUCACACCCUUCUUAUGUCCAACUGGCGCUGUUAGGUCCAACUCUUGAAGACCAUCUCUCUUCUCUUCCGUUUCUCUCAGCUCCAUCUCUCUCAUCUGUUUCUGUAUCUGUAUCUGUAUCUCUCUACAAUGGCUUCCGCAGCUCUCUCCCAAUCCCUAUUCUCCACUCUCAAUUCUCACCGAACCCCCGAGAAUGUCUCUCUGUCUUUGCACCGGUCAAAAACUCCGGCAUUCAUUCGACAGCCACUCGGUCCCUCUAGAUCUCGUCUGUUAUCUGCACAAUCGAAGAAGACCCAGAACAAUUUCAUCGCCAACUGCACUCCCACUGGGAAUGAAAGCACAACCCAAGAGACCCCCAUCGAAUUGAGGUACCCAGCAUUUCCGGCAGUGAUGGAUAUCAAUCAGAUUCGAGAAAUUUUGCCCCACCGCUUCCCAUUUCUGUUAGUGGAUAGAGUGAUUGAAUACACUCCAGGCGUUUCAGCAGUCGCCAUUAAGAAUGUGACCAUAAACGAUAAUUUCUUCCCUGGGCAUUUUCCAGAGAGGCCCAUUAUGCCUGGUGUUCUUAUGGUUGAGGCAAUGGCACAAGUUGGUGGAUUGGUUAUGCUGCAACCGGAAGUGGGAGGCUCUCGUGACAAUUUCUUCUUUGCUGGAAUUGACAAAGUGAGGUUCCGUAAACCAGUGAUUGCUGGAGACACCUUAGUGAUGAGAAUGACACUUACCAAGCUGCAGAAACGCUUUGGUAUAGCAAAGAUGGAAGGAAAAGCAUAUGUUGGAGGUGAAGUGGUAUGCGAGGGCGAGUUUUUGAUGGCUAUGGGCAGUGAAUGAUGAUUUGCAAUUGACGACAUGGUUGCAAUUUUGCGGUAACUGUGUUUUCUUUUUUCCAUCUUAUAGAAAUAAACCAUGUGCCUUUUUUUCAGUUUGAUGCUGUCAGAAUCAAUGAGUUUCAAUUCAUUUUAGACAGAUUCUACAUGUUUAUUAGCAACCAAAUGAUGUUUGGUUUCUUUUGUUUAUGUUGGUGGUAAUGCUAUACAUUUCCAAUGGAUGUAUUAGUUGUAUUGGUUAGUAACUAUUGGGUUUAGGCUGGGUUAGAUAAUGAAC